GGAUGUGGCUGGAGCUUGAGGCGCGCAGGGCCAGAGACGCCGCAGACCCGGGACGCGGAGCAGCUCGGAGGCGGUGAAUAAUAGCUCUUCAAGUCUGCAAUAAAAAAUGGCCUCCAAUAAAACUACAUUGCAAAAAAUGGGAAAGAAACAGAAUGGAAAGAGUAAAAAAGUAGAAGAGGCAGAGCCUGAAGAAUUUGUGGUGGAAAAAGUACUGGACCGACGUGUAGUGAAUGGGAGGGUGGAGUAUUUCCUGAAGUGGAAGGGAUUUACAGAUGCUGACAAUACUUGGGAACCUGAAGAAAAUUUAGAUUGUCCAGAGUUAAUUGAAGCGUUUCUUAAUUCUCAAAAAGCUGGUAAAGAAAAAGAUGGCACAAAAAGAAAAUCUUUAUCUGACAGUGAAUCUGAUGAUAGCAAAUCCAAGAAGAAAAGAGAUGCUAUGAGAAACACAGAGGUUGACGACAUAUUUGGUUCUGAAUGCUUCAGCAGCCAAAGCAAAAAGGCUGAUAAACCAAGAGGCUUUGCCAGAGGUCUUGAUCCUGAACGAAUAAUUGGUGCCACAGACAGCAGUGGAGAAUUAAUGUUUCUCAUGAAAUGGAAAGAUUCAGAUGAGGCAGACUUGGUGCUGGCAAAAGAGGCAAAUAUGAAGUGUCCUCAGAUUGUAAUUGCUUUUUAUGAAGAGAGACUAACUUGGCAUUCUUGUCCGGAAGAUGAAGCUCAAUAAUUGUUUGUGUUGCUUUUUAUAUAUAUUUAUAUAUAUAUAUAAAAUCUGGGUCUUGGUUUUUUGGUUUAUUAGUGUGAAAAAAUAACAUUCUAAUGAAAAUCAAGUUUGAUAUGUUUGUUUUGAAGUAGUAUUGGGGAAGUUGUUGGGGUUUUUUGCAUCUAUAGCACUGGUUACUUUGAACAAAUAAAAGCUUUCUGUAGUUGCUUCCUUUA